AUGCUUUACAAAUCCCUAUACCGUAACUCACACAAAAAUUGCUACCUACUGGGUUACCAGUGUUACAAAGCUCCUGACGACCUCAAGUUAAGCUCUGGAACAGCAGCCAAAAUCGCUCUCCGCAACAGAAACCUGGGCCUGGAAGAAUACAGGUUCAUGGUAAGGACCAUGGUCCGCUCCGGCAUUGGAGAAGAAACCUACAUCCCCAGGAACAUCAUGGAGAUGACCGACGCCACUUUCAGCAACCUCGACAGCCUGUUCGCCAGGUCAGCAGUCUCCCCUUGCCAGAUCGACAUCCUCGUCACAACCGGAUCCCUAUUCGCCCCCGUCCCCUCCCUCUCCAGCCGGAUCGUCAACCGCUACGGGAUGAAGGAAAGUAUCAAGUGCUUCAGCCUCACCGGGAUGGGGUGCAGCUCCAGCGUCAUCGCCGUCGAUCUGGUCCAACAGUUGUUCAACACUCAUCCCAACAGCUUCGCGGUGGUCGUGGCGGUAGAGCUGACGGCGCCCAAUUGGUAUGGAGGGACGGACAGUCAGAUGAUGUUGUCCAACGUUCUGUUCCGAGCCGGUGGGAGCUCCCUCAUCCUCACCAACCACCCGUCCUGGAAGGACCAGCGCCAUCCUGAAGCUGGACGUUGUGGUCCGGAACCACGUGUCCGACAACGAGGCGUACGAAUGUGCCGUCCACGUGGAGGACGACCAGGGCUACGUGGGCGCCCGUUUGACCAAAGCUCUACCCACGAUAGCCAUGCGGGCUUUGGAGGGGAACCUUAG